CUAUGAUGUAAUAAUAUACUAAUUACAGGACUUUUCUUCAUGACAGGUAAAAUGCACAAACAAAUCUUUUUUCCUGGGAGAAUUGAUGUUACGUUUCGCAAGGGACGUCUGGGGUAUCUUUGCCAGGAUCCUACUGAUGUUGCAAAAGUCAUUAAUUUACAACCCUCCUCUCCAGGACAAGUCUGCACCUGUACGGGAGGAGCUGGUCAGGCAGAAUGCACUCAGUGUCGUCCGUCAGAGAGGGGGGGACGCCUCAGAUAAAUGUGAGGUGGCUGGAGAACACAUCCUGCAGUUUGGGAAGUACAAGGGGAAGUCCUUCCGCUGGCUUCUUGAAAAUGAUAUGGGGUAUACCAUCUACCUAAUCAGGAACAAGCUAAAGGAGGAGGCUGCAGGAGUGUUUAUAGCAGAGGGGCAAAGCAAUGACAGCCUACUGUCAUUUGUGAACUAUGCCCUCAGCUUUAAUGAAAUCCAGUCUCUUCCUGACUACGACAAGGCAAGGUCCCAGGUUGUGACAGUAGCAGCAUCAGAGGAUGACCGGCUGGUCGGGUUUGGCUCUCGUGCCAACAACACCUGGCAAGAGAUUUGGGACAGCAGAGAUGAUGGCUAUGCAGACUUUAUUCUGAAUAAAAGGUGUGCUUCAGGGACAAAGAUGCACAAGCUACAGCAAUACCUGCAGAAUAAGCUGCCCUCACCUUCUGGCUCCUCUCUAAUGUCACAUAAGUCAAAUGCUCCUGCUGAAGCCAUGGUGAUGGAUGAAGAUAAAGAGCUGGAGAGAGUGAUGCUGAGCAUUUCUCCUUCUAAGCAACAUGAGCAAAGCUUUGUUUCUGCACCGUCAUCAUCAUCUGCCAGACCACCACCGGCUUCAGGAACAGAGAGAGGUUCUUAACCAAAACGUCUUGCAUCGGCAGACCACUCUGGGACCAUGAAUUCUUAUCCCAAUAUGAAGCAUGACUUAAAGCUUUCCGUCUCAUGUUCACCAUGUUUUGGUCAUGUUUGUGUUUUAGUGUUCUACCUAUUGUCCUAGUGACUAUUAAUUGAAACCAGUCAUUGUGAGGGUAAGUAUCAUUCUUUUGCUUAUGUGGAUGAAACUAUAUACUACAUGUAAAACUGCUGUAAUUACUAACACUUGACUGCAUGUGUUUGCAUGUUUAGUGUGUGUGUCAUGUUGCUUCCCCUGCUUAGGUUAAAUUCUACUGAGUGACUACCAAAUAUUAAUCCUUUAAAAACAUGAAUGCAUGUAGAUUAAUGAACACAUUCAUUAUGUAUUGUUAUAAGAAAGUAUGUUGCACUAUCUUAGACUGAGAUAAGCAGGUGAAGUAAAAGAUCUGUGUCUUUAGUUACUAACACAAGUUUUUGUAUUUUGCUAAAAAUAUAAUUUUUAAAUGACUGAACAUACUUUUUCUGUUGUAGCACCAUUAACUAAACUG